UGUCAGGCGUUUACUUUACAUCUCUGUAACCUGUAGGUGGCGAUCGCGUACACCUGAACAUAUUUCAUCGUCAAAGAAGAAGACAAAGAAAUAUGGCGCGAUAUGAUAAGGAUUAUGGAGUGGUGUCAUGUUGAUGUUUUAGAGAGUAACUGAACGAUAAAAGAUUGUAUUUAAAUCUUAUUUUAAUAGACUUUGGUUGUGUUUAGUUUAGUUCUGGCUCUAGGAGGAUGCCUGCUAUUACUUUAAGAGGUGUUACUGUUGAUUUCCCGUUUUCUCCAUAUCCAUGUCAGAAGGAUUAUAUGAGUAAAGUGAUCGAGUGCCUGCAAAACAAAGUAAAUGGUGUGCUUGAGAGUCCAACCGGGACAGGAAAAACCCUGUGCCUGCUUUGCGCUGCGCUUGGCUGGAGAGCGUAUUUCAAAGACUCCAUCUCUGCCCGCAAGAUUGCAGAGAGAAUGGGAGGUGCUGAGCUUUUUCCCGACAGGCCAAUGUCAUCUUGGGGAACAGCAGCAACAGAUGGAGAAACACCAGCAUAUUACACAGACCUUCCCAAAAUCAUCUACGCCUCAAGGACUCAUUCUCAGUUGACCCAGGUCAUCAGCGAGCUCAGGAACACGUCCUACAGGCCAAAGAUUUGUGUUUUGGGCUCCAGAGAGCAACUGUGUAUCAACCAAGAAGUAAUGAAGCAAGAAAGCAACCACGUAAAGGUCCAUAUGUGUCGAGCAAAAGUGUCUUCCCGCUCUUGCGUCUUCUACAAUAAUGUUGAUGAGAAAAGUACCGACAAAGACGUCAUGAACUCUAUCAUGGAUGUUGAAGAUCUUGUAAAAACUGGCAAAAAGCAAAGGGUGUGUCCAUAUUAUCUGUCUCGCUCUCUGAAGCAGCAUGCUGACAUCAUAUUUAUGCCUUACAACUACCUCCUGGAUCCCAAGAGUCGUCGAGCACACAACAUAGAGCUUAAAGGAGCCGUUGUCAUAUUUGAUGAAGCACAUAAUGUGGAGAAGAUGUGUGAAGAGUCGACCUCAUUUGAUUUGACUCCUUACGAUUUGACGUCAGCCAUCGAUGCCGUUGACAAGCUUUUGAGGGAGCAGGCCUCCGAUUUUAACAAAGGAGAUUCUUCCGAGGAUUUUAACGUUGAUGCUUCAAACUCAGGACUGAACAUGGACAUCACCACAAUCGCGAAAAUAAAACAAAUUUUAAUGGACCUGGAGAUUGCCAUAAAUGGCUUUGAGAUUCCUUCUAACAACCAGGGGAUUACUAAGCCUGGCAGCUUUAUUUACGAGCUUUUGCAAAAGGCCCACGUCAACUACGACACCAAAUCCGCAGUCGUGGAGGCGAUGGAGCAGAUUACAGGAUAUUUGGCAGGAAAGCCUGGUAUUUUCCUCAACACCAGCGGACUGCAGAAAGUCGCAGAUAUAAUACAGUUGGUGUUUGCUGUUGAACCUGCAGAGGGUGCUACGCAACCACACAAGGGGAACACGAUGCAGCAGUUUAAGGUACACAUUCACCCAGACACUAGCAAUUUCAAGAAAAAGCAGAACACUGAUCUGUGGGCCUCCUCGUCUACGAGGAAACAAGGGAAUGUGCUGAGUUACUGGUGUUUCUCCCCGGGAUUCAGCAUGCAAGAUCUCCUCCGGCAGGAAGUGCGCUGCAUCAUCCUGACUAGUGGCACCCUGUCACCUCUGUCAUCCUUCACCUCUGAAAUGCAGAUACCAUUUCCUGUAAGUCUGGAGAACCCUCAUAUCAUUCAGAAGGACCAGAUCUUUGUCAGCGUUGUCGACAAAGGGCCGGAUGGUGUGCAGCUCAGCACAGCCUUCGACAGGAGGUUUGUUCCUGAGAACAUGGCGUCAUUAGGCAACACUAUCGUAAAUCUGUGUCGAGUGGUUCCUCAUGGCCUACUGGUGUUUUUCCCUUCAUACCCGGUGUUGGAUAAGACUCUGGAAUAUUGGAGGAGUAGCGGCCAUGCAGACCGCAUCGAGUCAAUGAAGCCCGUGUUUGUGGAACCAAAAGGAAAGGGAACCUUUACGGAGGUGAUUGAUGGCUAUUAUGACAAGGUAAAUGACUCCAAGUCAAACGGAGGGAGCUUCUUUGCUGUAUGUAGAGGAAAGGUGAGUGAAGGGUUGGACUUUGCAGACACGUAUGGCCGGGGAGUGAUUAUCACUGGUCUUCCCUACCCUCCAAGAAUGGACCCCAGGGUGGUGCUGAAGAUGCAGUAUUUGGAUGAGAUGUGCAGAAACAAGACCAGUGGUGUAAAGUAUCUGUCUGGGCAGGAAUGGUACAGGCAGCAAGCCUCCCGUGCUGUGAACCAAGCUAUCGGUAGAGUGAUUCGCCACCGUGAGGAUUACGGUGCCAUCUUUCUUUGUGACUACAGGUUUAAAGGUACAGAUGUCCGACAGCAGCUCCCUUCUUGGGUCAGACCUUACGUUCGAACUCAUGAAAACUUCGGCACCGUGGUCCGUGACGCUGCACAGUUUUUCAGGGUCGCACAAAAGCUUAGGCCUGUACCUGAGAAGAAAGCAAAAGGUUCAGGAUGUAAGAACCAGACAGCUAAAGACACCGAGCAGGCGAGUCCAGGGUGCAGUCAACCAGCUCCAAGUGCCUGGGAGUGCAGUUCGUCUCUCAAAGCCAGAGUGUUCGACUCUCACGUGCCAAGUCUGAAGAGAAGGAAGCUGGACGAGCACUCGGAGAGAGACGGGACAGCCAGGCUUUGUGUCCAGUACGAGAUGGAGAUGAGUUCCAGUAAGACGAGACACAUGAGCCUGCUUGAUGCUCUGGAUAAAAGCGACCCUAAUCGAGACGAGGAUGACUCCUUCGCUGGGGAGGAGCGGGUCAGCCGCUUGUCCACUUUAUCUUUACAGCAUGAUAAGCGCAUGGAUGAUGAAUUGAGGGGAGGAAAACGCAAAAUCAGAGUAGUGCAAGAUCGGCAACCCAUUGACUCCAGUGCAGCAGGCAAAGGCAAAGCUUUUAUGCUGGAGCUAAAGAGAAAUUUAAGUCAAGAGAGCUUCACACAGAUCAUGCAUGCGCUUCAGGUGUACAAGGCCACAGACAACCUCAACAACCUUUUGGAAAAAGCAGCAGAUCUUCUUGUGCCAGACCCCAACACACAUAUUCUGCUGAGAGGUCUCUACCAGUUUGUCCGGCCACACCACAAGAAGCAGUUUGACGAGAAGUGUCAGCUGCUUACAGGCAAAGGCUGUGGUUACAAACCUGAGCACUCAAUCUCCAGGGAGGAAAGAGCAUUACUCAUGAAACAAACAGUUAAAGCAGAGACGUCUGAAAUGUCCACAACCUCCCAGCUAGACUCACGCAGGCAGCUCAAUCAAGGAGGAUCUCACUUAGGAACGAAUCAUUUGUCUGGAAUGGAUGCAGGUGUGAAGGAUCAGACCCAACCAAGCAAAGAUGGUCAGGUCAGUGCUUCCCUGCUGUCUGACAUAAAAAAGGCCAUUGGUGCUGAAAAGACAAACCAGCUUUUUGUGGCCUUGCAAAUGUACAAGAAAACAAAUGAUUACGAACAGAUGGUAUCCACAGUUGUGGGGUUGCUGACUGAGCGAGACGAGGACAUUAUUCUUCUUAAACGUUUAACAGUGUUCAUUCCAGCUCAUCAUCGUCAGCAGUUCUGUGAGAUGUUAACAUCCUUGACAGGGAGUGUUUCAGAGUCUUGUCAGGAUCCAGAUGAGGUUUCUACCACCCCAGUUUCAGUUUCACAGCUCUGUGCCGGAAAAUCACAAAGCAAAAUAUCUUCCUUCCUCUCCUGACAUGUGAAAUCUCACAAGCUGCUACUCCGUUCAUGUGGGAUUGUUUUCUUUGAAGCUGAGGAAGAUGAAGCAGAGCAGUCUGACCUUCAUGUGGUUCAUACUGGACAUUUGUCAGGAAUAGAAAUAAAACAGUACAAUGCAUGAUUGUUUUUGACAACCGAGUUUUAAUACGCAUUAUUGUGUUUUGUAUUUCAAAGGUAAAUUAAAAUAUUUUGUUAUUUCUGA